AUGUAUUUAAAUUACACAUAAAAGACUUGUGAAAUAAUAGAUUUAAAAUAGUAUUAAAAGAACGAUAUUGCAUUUAAUUCUAAUAACCAAUAAAUAUAGCUGUUGCUAUCACAUAAAAAUCCAUAUACAGGUAAACAGCUUAAUACUCUUGCUGUAGUAGAUAUAGGUUCUUGCACUAUCAAAUAUUAUGAAAUAAGUUUAGAUGAUGAUAUCCUUUUAUCAAAAAAAUUAUUUUCUUAAAGUAUUGUCUACUUAAAUUAUGGAAUCUAUUUGUAUGUUUAUGAUCUAGAGAGUUAACUGGGCAAAUUUUUAAAUGAAGGGAUAUUUUUUGAAGCACCGAUACGUUUAUAUGAAAAUUAUUUAUUUCUAAUCAACCAAGGAAUCUUAUAUAUCUAUUAAACAGAGCAGAUUUCUAUCUAUAGAAAUAUAGAUUUAAAUCCUUAAUCUAUUUUAGAUUUUUCAUUUUGCUCUGAACUAAACUAUCUCAUAGUGCUAAUACAAAACGAAUUAACAAUUUAUGAUUUUUUGUCAAUGAAAAAAAUAAAAGCUAUUGCAGCUUAUCAAAAAAUAAUUAUGUUUACAAAUAAAAACUCAAGCCAAAUCUAUAUCAUUGAAACCAAUUAGUUAAAUAGCAAUUAAAUAAGAAUAAUUGAUUUAUAGAGUCUUUAAAUCACCAAUCAAGUUGAUCUUCCAUAGAAUGAGUAUUAUUUAAAUUAUUAAUAUGAAUUAGACGAAAUUUCUAAUUAAGUAUUUACAAUCAAUUACGAUUUUACUUUUAUGGCUAUCGAUUUAAGGUUAGUUUAGAAUCAACUUUAACCAAUUUCCCAUUUAUACUAAUCUUUAUAUAUUACUGGAUAAGAUGAAUCUUAAUUAAAAUAUAUUUAUUCUAAAAAUGCAAACUACUUUGCUAUCACUGAAGACUUAAAAACUACUGAUAAGAAUGAUAGUAUUGAUGAGUACUAUAAUUUAGAUUAACAAGGAAUUCUAGCUUAUAUCGAUUCUCUAAACAAUAAAUAUAAAUAGAUUAUGUAUUUAAACUACACCAAAUUUCAUAUGGUUGUAAAGAAGGUAUACAAUAAUCACUAUACACUUGUAGCUAAUGAUUUUUAGAUUUUUUGUUUUUAAAAAGAUUUAAUCCUUGAUACUUAUACUAUUUAAAGUAAUUUCGGUUUAUCAAACCAGCCUUAUUUGCUAUCGAAUUAAGAAAAUAUUUUCAUGGUAGCAAAUAAUACAAUAUUUGACAUUUAAUACUCUUUUGAUUCGAAAUAAAUAAUAUUAUAUACUUUUGCUACCUUAAGCCGUAACGUCUUUCCCAUCGAUAUAAUUUCAAAAGCAAAUAAUACUGCAGCAAUAUAUGCAUAUGAAAAAAUCUUAUAUCUAAGUUACAGCACUAAAACCAUUACCUAUUAAAUUGAAGGGAAUGUAUUUUAUUAUUUUCAAAAGCUUAAGCAUGAUAUGUUUGCUGCUGUUACAGAUAUUAAAUUAUUAAUUUAUAGCUUGGAUAUCAGCGCUAGUGGAGUAUAUUCUUUAGUGAUGAAAUGUAAGAUUAUUAAUAAUGAUACUUUAUAGUUCUAUCUGAUGGGAACGAAUGAUCUAAUUGUCUCAGAAGACUCACUGAAAAGGAUAGCUCUAUAUUAAUUUGAUCAAGUCUCUUAAACUUACUUUGAAUAUUAAUCGAUUCCUUACCCCUGUUAUUCUGGUAAUAAAUUUCUUUUAUCCUCUUAGAACACAAACUACUUUGCUUUGUCUUGCAGUUUACAGACAAACAUUUACAAAAAUAAUUAAAAGCCUCUACUGUCUUCAUUGCCAACCAUAUUGAAAGAAACAUCAAGCAAUUACUAUACAGUUGUAAAAACCUUCAAGGGUAUCAAAAUGAAUUAGUUUUUGAUCUUGUAAUAAUAUAUUUUUUGUACCUUACAAUAAAAAAUUAUAAUUUUAGAUUUGGUUUCUUUAUCAAAGAUUUACGAGAUUAACUUAACAAAUUUUAUCUUUCUGAAAUUGAUGUACUUAGGAGUUGAUUAAACAUAUGAUAAAUUUUCAAUUAAGGGAGUGCAAGAUUAUUAAAGGAUAAACUUUAAAUUUUUAAUAAAUAACUCUACAUAGAUAAAUGACAUUGAUUAAAUUUAGUUACCUCUUUGCUAUAUAAAUAUUAAAUCUAACUUGACAAGAAAAGACUAAAUAUCACUCCUUGAAAAUCUUUAAAUGUAUAAAAAUACUCUGAAUUAGUAAGUCUAAAAAAUAAUACUUUAAAUUACUCUGAUUGAUAAGGUCCAACUUAUUGAAGAGUUACAAUCAGAUGCUUACGAACUUAAAGUGUUUUAAGAUGAGUCUUCUCAAAAUAAAAUCUAAUUAACAUCACUUUUUAGCAUUAAAAAAUAGAACAUCUAAUACUCUGGAGUUUCAUUUUAAUUUCCUGAUAACUUAAAUCUAACGAUACAAAAUAAAAAAAAGGUAGCUAUUUAAAACUCCUAAUUCUCAAGCAAUACUUUUAAUUCAGGUGUUUUUUUUUAAAACAUUGAUUAACUCGUAAUUUCAAAUAUUACUAUUAAUGUAGAAAAUAUUUUAAAUAAGAAUAUAAGCAAUCAAGCCUUUAUCAUAUUAUCUAACAUAUCUGAUGUAGUCUUUUAAAAAUUUUCAGUUACUUAAUUAAAAAAAUUCUAGUUUCGCUAUUUCUUAGUUUUUAACUAAAUCAUUAAUUCUUUAUUUAUUAGUGACACAAUAAUAAGCAAUAUCUUGUGUGGGAAUGAGCUAUACAAUUUUAUAUCAAUAAGAGAUACUAAUUAUCUGCAAAUAGAAAAAUUCAAGGCUUUUGAUAUUAUUUCAUCUUAGGGAUAAUAUUAAAAGGCUAUCUUUGAUAUUGAAGGAGUGCAAAAUUCAAUUUUAAAUACUGUUUAUGGAAACAACCUUUAGAAUAUAUCUUUCUUUUUUUAUACUAAUAGCUACUUUUAAAAAGGUUAAAAGGUUUACCUAACUAAUGAUAAUCUCACUUUUAAAAAUAUGAAUAUUUCUAAUGCUAAAUAUAGAAAUAGCUUAUUUUGGAUUUAUUCUAACAAUUUUUCGUUAAUAGGCGAGAAUAACAUUUUUAGUAACAUAAUAAAUUUAAAUGCCGAAGGUGGAGUUUUUAAAAUAUAGGGUUCCAAUGUUAAUAUAACAAACAGUUAUUUCGCAAAUAAUCAAGCAGCAAAAGGCGGAGCUAUUAAUUUGAUUAGUAUUGAUUAUUAAGCUAGCUUUUAAAACUGUACAUUUGAGAAAAAUAAAGCUAUGGAAUUUGGAGGUGCUAUCCAUUUAGUAGAUACUUUUUUAUUCACAGAAAAUACCACAAUAAGGUACAACGAAGCAUUAAUAGGUGGAGGUAUAUAUUAUAAUGGUUUUAAACCAAUUAAUACAGACAUUUCAUUUUCAAAUAACGCAGAAAUCUAUGGUAAAAAUAUAGCUAGUAAUCUAUUAUAUUGCAAAACAAAUAUUAUUUGUGACGAAAAAUGUAAUAUAGACAUUGAUUCAAGUAGUACCACUAUAUCUAAUUUUAGGAGUGGCAGUACUUUGAAUUUCUUUUUUGAAAUUAUAGAUGAGGAAAAUAACUAGAUAAUUAUUAACAAACAAAAAUUGAACAAUUACCCUGAUGAAAUUCAAAAGGAAAUAGCAAAAAUUAAGAUUUCAGCCAUAGCUGAUUAUUAGGAUCUUAUUAAACUAUCUAAUUAGCAAAGUAUAUCUUAUGUAGAUUAUAACGAAGACACUAAAUUAUUUAGAUUACCUAACCUUUAAGUUGUAGGAAAUCCAAUUAAAAAUCAAAAGAUAGAACUAAUAAGUAGUUUUACUUAAAUAUAAUAUGGACAAAAUUAAACAUCAAACAACUAUACUAUUUAUUUCAAUUUUAGAAAAUGUUAAACAGGAGAAAGGUAGGUCUCUAUUGAUAAUAUUAUAUAAUGUAUACCUUGUCCUAACGGAUUUUAUUCUUUAGUCACUACAUAAAAUCAAUCCUCAGUGGAGUGUACAAUAUGCCCACCUUCGGCUUAUCACUGUGAAAAAGAUAUAAUCCUCUUAAAAGAGGGUUACUGGAGAAGCAACGAAAAUACUGAUAAUAUUUAUUAUUGUGUAAAUAAACCAUCUAACUGCAAAGGAUCUCUAGAAGGUAAUAGACUCUAUUGCGAUGAAGGAAAAGUUGGUCCUCUGUGUGAAAGUUGUGAUAUUUAUGAAAAAGUAUGGGAUACAAAAUAUAUGAAGUCAGGCAAAUAUGACUGUAUCAAGUGCAAUGAUGUGCAAAAUAAGACUUUCGUUCUUCCUAUAAUAGGAAUAUUUAUUUUCAUAUUAGCUUAUGUUGUGUUUUCAAUUAACAUGUCUAUUAAAAUGAGUAAGCAGUACUCUUAUUCUUACUAUUUUAGGAUGAGUAGAAUCCUAGUAUCUAAUAGGAGCUCAAUGCAAGAUAUUUCUUCAUUUUAUUUUAAAAUAAUUCUUAAUUACAUUUAAAUAUCAUUGAUUACAAAUAGUUACUACUUAACUUUACCUCCUAUUUUAUCAUACUUUCCUGAUAUACUCUCGCUUCCUCUUUAGCACUUUUUGAAUAUUUUCGAUUGUUAAUUUAGUAAAAUUGAUGAGGAUACUGUGUCUGUAGUUUUCUUAAGAGUUUUAUGGAGCUAUAUCCUUCCAUUCAUUUUUAUGCUUAUAAUAGUUAUUGUCUAUAGCAUUUUAUUUUGCAUAUAAAAAUGCUUGAUUAAGUACAAAGAUAAUAAAACUUUACAGCAUUUUGCCUGCAUAAAUGUUACUAUGAAUAGCAGUAAAAAGAUGAUGGUCUAUCAUCUUUAUAAUGGACUAUUCUUUUUACUAAUUUUCAUGUAGCCUAGUUAAGUUUAAAUACUUCUUUCGACAAUCUCAUGUAAGGAAAUAGAUAAUAAAAUGUAUAUUGCUACAGACCUAACAUUUUAAUGCUAUACAAACAAGCAUGUCUUAUAUGUAGGCACAAUGGUUAUCCCUGGUUUACUUUUAUGGAUAUUUGUUAUUCCUUUAGUUAUACUUUAUUUACUUAAAAAGUAAAGCAAUAGACUAGAUUCUCUUUAAGUUAGAUUCAGCUUCGGAUUUCUUUAUUAGGAAUAUAAAUAAAAAUAUUACUUUUGGGAAUUUGUGAAAUCAUAUUUUAAAAUAGGCAUAGUGUUAAUUGGUACUUUUUUAGCAGAGGCUAAGGUUGCUAAACUGAUCAUAAUUUGCUUAGUCUUAUUUGUUUAUUAGUACAUUACUAGCAGGGUAAAGCCAUACAUACUAAUAAAAUUAAAUAAACUAGAUUUUCUUUAAAUCAAUGUCUUAGUAGUUAUUGCUCUAUUUAACGCUUUCAUUGAACACCCUCCCUCAGAAAUAUCAAAAAAUUUAGUCAUAGUGUUAACAAUAAUUAUUCACAACUCUUUCCUUUUAAUAAAUAUAUUCAUUGCUUUAUUUUUGAAGAUAGAAGCUAAGUUUAGCAUGUAAGUUUUGAAGCUUAAACUUUUCCUUAAGGCAAGAAUUCCUUUUUUAUUCAAGUACAUGGUCAUCAAAAAACCUAUAAACUUGUUAAGAGUAAAUAAAAAUUGGAAAAAAGUCAUAGAAUUUGUUGAGAAAAUAAGUUUUAGGAAUAAUCUUUAAAAUAUUCUGGAAAAAGGACAAAAAUAAAUUAAAAAAUCAACCUUACAAAAUAAUUUAUAAUUCAAUUUUUAAGAUUAAACUUUAGACUUUAGCAAAUAAAACCAUUCAUCAAAAUCAAUUUCUAGUCCUUAUAAAAAAUCUAGUAGUAUUUCUGAAUUAUUCUAAUUUAACGGUGCAGCAAAAUUUAUGAAGAAGAAUUCUCUAACUUCCCGUAAAAGCAUUAGAAAUGUUAAUUCUUUAAGUGACAUUAAAGAAGAAGAUAGUUAAUUUGAUGCCUUUAAAAUAGCAAGAAGCUAAAGCAUCGUUUAAAGCGACUGUUUAAUCAACCAACCAGAUUAAAUUGAUUUUAAACAACCCGAUUAUAAAAAAUAAGAUCAAGUAGAAUAAAAUUAAUAUAAUCAAGCAAAAAAUUUUAAGAAAUCAAGCAUAGAUAACACAUCUUAUAUAGGCGAUGAAAACCAAAAAGUCAAACAUUCUUCAAAAAAUCUUCUCUAGUCAUAAUAAGACAAUAAUCCAUCAUUUAAUUCUAUAUAGAAUUCUUAAAGUGCGACUAAAAAGAAUAAAACAUUGACAUAAAGAGGGUUUUUGAGUAGAUUUAUGAAUUCUCAGUCUAGACAAACUACUUAACCAGGAACACCUUCAGAAUUAUUGAUUUCUCACCAUACAAAAAAGCAAGCAGAAACACAGAAUGUAUAAAAUAAUAAAAGUAUUAAAUCUACUGAUGAUUUUAUGAUCUAACUAUAAAGAAUUGAUUAAACAGUUGAUAAAGAGAGAGCAAAUUAAUUUAGUAAUAUUGAUUUAAUAAAUUCUAGAAUAGCAUUUUCGAAUAGCAAUUUUAAAAAUAUUUAAUCUCUUGAAAAUUCCCUCAAUUUUAACCAAGCUGUAGGAAGCCAAUCUAAUUUUUGUAGCUAAUAAGAAAAAAUAAAAACCAAAAAAGUAAAAAAUUAAAUAAAAUAUACUUCUUCUUCAUCAGAAGAAUCGUUUGAAGAACAGCCAGAAUAAAUUAAAAAUGUCAAUUAAUUUUAGCAAAUAAAUCAAUUUGAUUUACAAAUUUCUCAUUAUUAAAAUAAAUUCAAUGACUUAAUUUCACCUAGCGAGUUAGUAGAUAACACUAUUCCAUCCAAAUUUUAAUAUUAAAAUAUGACAUUAGAUUUGUAAAAAGAAUCAUAAGUAAAUUAACCAGAGCUUAACCCCAAAAAUAUUUUUAUUCCAAUACCAAAUGUUCUAUCUAAGCUCUCAAUUGGAGAGAGCAUUCAGCUUAAUUCUAAAAGAUCACUAAAUAAUAUGUCUCCUGAUAUUUAGUAAAUUGAGUUAAUUAAUUUUGAGUAAACACCAAAAAAAAAAAGUGAAUAAAAUAAUAAUGAAUUAGUUAAUUUUGAAGACUCUUAGUCUAGUAACAAUGAUUGA